ACUGAUUUGCGCUCCAAAAGGAAUAAAUAUCAAGAUUUAAAACAAAUAAAGAAGACAAUAGUAACUUGCAUGGCAAUUUCCAAAUACUUGAUAAGUGGGCGGCCAAAUAAUUCCACAAUACUCAACAGUAUCGUGGAAACCUAAACCAAAAUAAAAACAACAACAAAAACCUAACCCAAAAUAAAAACAACAAUUCAAAAUGCAUCAAGCUUACACAUUCGAAUCCGUGCUGAAAAAUAAUCAGGACCCCAUAGAAUCCAUAUCGGCCUAUGGUGAUCACGUUAUUGUCGGCACACGGGGUGGUAAGCUGAUCCUUUACUCCGUGGAUAAGGAUUUGAAGGUCGACAUGCGUAUGUACAGCAACAUCAGCAAGAAGCCAAUCAAACAAAUGGAAAUGAUUGCGGUGGAGAAUUUGCUGUUUGUCCUGACCGACGGAAUGAUACAUGUCUGCGAUAUAAGUAGAAUCGAAGGGAACUUCGCGCUCAUGCACAAAGCGGAGGACACAAAGGGCUGCACCCUCUUCUCGAUUGAUGUAAAGAUGCCGAAGUCUCCGACGGGCGAAGUGGUGGGUACUGCCAUACGUGUUUGUUGUGCCAUCAAGCGUACCCUAGAAUUUUUCUGCUGGGAUCUUAAAUCGAACAUUAUUAAAUCACUGAAAUAUAGCAUCGAGUUAAGCGAUGUGCCCAAGGCGCUGUGCUGGGUAGACGACGUGGUGUGCGUUGGCUACAAGGAUGAAUAUAUUGUUUACGAUAUGACUUCCACACCGCCGGCAAAGAAAGAUCCUUUUCUGACUUCUUCAAAAUUCAGCAUGGAACCGUGUAUUUGCCUUAUACGCAACCGGAUGCUUGGCAUAUCCAAGGAUGACUUUCUAGUGGCUGUAGAGCCAAAUGAUUACACUAAACCAAAAGAUGGCGACAGUCAGUCGAGGCCAUCCCUGCAACCAAAUCCGUUAAAACCACUACAAUGGAGUAGUCCGUUAUUGGGCCUAGUCUGGGACGACCCGUAUGCUGUUGGCCGCACUAACAAUACCAUCGAGGUGCGAAACCUUGGUGGUAAGGAUACUCUCGUUCAACGUAUUCCCGAGCUUCAAAAAACCAAAUUCUUGGCGCACUCCGAGAGUGGUAAAAUAUUUGCAGCUUCCACAUCCGAAUUGUGGUGCCUACGAAUGGUAGAUAUAACAACACAGCGCACUCAAUUGCUGCAACAGAAGAAAUACCAAUUGGCCAUAGAACUAACACAAGUUUCUGAGGAACAUAGCGAGGUUAAAGCACAAACUAUACGAGAAAUUCGCAUGAUUUAUGCUAAGGAGUUGUUCAUGAACAAAGAAUUCAAAGCGGCGAUGAAGGAGUUCGAAAUGGCGGCCAUCGAUCCAUAUGAUGUAAUACGUCUCUUUCCAACCCUCGUUCCUGAAACAAAGCCAGUGGCUGAUGCCGUUGCUGCCUCGAAUAUACCUCAGCUAAUAGAUCGAGACCUGGAGAAUGCGUAUCUGGCCCUCAUUGAAUUUUUAGCUGUUGCACGCCAAAAAGAGGUCGUUAAGUUGCGCGACAACAAGAGCAGCUCCAAGUCCUUACUGGAGAUAAUCGACACCACACUGUUAAAGUGUUAUUUGCAAACCAACGAUACGCUUGUCGCUCCGCUGCUUCGCCUCAAUCAAAUUCACUUCGAAGAGGCGGAGAAAACGCUGAAGAAGCAUGGAAAAAUAGCCGAACUGAUUAUUCUCUAUCAAGUAAAGGGCAAACACAAACUGGCACUCCAGCUGCUCAAAUCUCAAGCAGCCGUGGAGGGUUCAGUUCUGCAGGGACGAAAUCGAACCAUACGCUAUCUUCAAGAGCUGGGCGCCGACCAUUUGCCACUGAUAUUCGAGUUUGCCGAUUGGGUGCUGGAGGAGGAUCCUGAAGAGGGUCUCACCAUAUUCACCGAGCAACUGAUUGAGGUCGAACAGCUGCCCCGCGCCAAAGUCCUGGACUUCUUGAUUAGUAAGCACAAGGGCUUAGUCACUCCCUAUUUGGAGUACAUAAUAAAACAAUGGAAUGAUACGAAUACGUUACGCCAUAAUGUGCUGAUUAAACAAUACCGAGACCAAGUGCAGCGCCUGAUGGAACAAAAUUCUAAGGGAGAGGCCACCCCCGAUUUACAGCCAAUGCGCGCCAAGCUUUGUAAGUUUCUGGAGGAAUCCAAUAGUUACUCACCCGAUCGUGCGUUGGAGGAUUUUCCCACCACAAUGCUGCUUGAAGAACGCGCGCUAAUUUUGAAACGUCUGAAGAGACACGAAAAAGUGUUGGCCAUCUAUAUACAAGUGUUUGGCGAUAUAGCUAAGGCGAAAGCUUAUUGCGAGGAAAACUAUGAGGACGAUAAGGAAAUAUUUCACACACUUCUAAAGACCAUACUUUGUCCCACGACAAUGCCGCCAUAUGAGGGCGUGAAACUGCAUCCAGACUUUCUGCGACCCAAUCGAGAUGUUGCCCUGGAGAUUCUAAAUUCCUAUGCGCUCAAAAUCAAUCCGAUUACCAUAUUUCCCUUCCUGCCUGACGACAUGCCUAUGCAGCAAUUGCAAUACUAUAUGGAGAAGGUGUUGCGCCAAAAAAUCGUGGAACAACACGAGCGUCACAUUAAGCGUGGCCUGCUCGAAGCGGAAUUGGCCCGUUUGAAGGCUGCUGUACAGAAGGAGAUGGAGAAAAGCUUUGAAAUUACAGAAUCCACACUUUGUGUCGUCUGCAAGAAACGUUUCAACAUUCAAGGAGCCUUUGUUCGCUACCCAAAUGGUCAGCUAGUCCAUUUGUCAUGUCACGAUCGGACUGUGAAGGCCGCUGCGCAACAAUAAAAGAGCAUGGGAAGGAAUAGGAGAAUUAUUUAACAAAACAAAUUCGAGCUUUUCUUAAAAAAAAUCUCUUAAUUUGGAGAGCUGCUAUUUAGUUCAAUUGUCUUAUACUGUCAAUAUUUUCCAUAUUUAUAAAAUGUUGAAUGUCAGCAUUAAAAAAAAUGUUUAUAAGAACUUUAUAACACUAAUUAAACUAGUUUAUAUAACCAAUCAAUCCAACAAGCA